AUGGCCAGCACACUUAAUAGCAUUCAGCGGUUUUUUGGCAAAAAGACACCAGAAGAACUUGUGAGGAAAUGGCGACAAGAGAUUCGUGCACAACAACGAGCUCUCCAACGACAAAUUUCAGCCAUUGAUGUCGAAGAGGCCAAGGUCAAAAAGUCCAUCAAGCAAGCAGCUAAAAAGGGUGAUGCCAAGAUUUGCAAGACACUUGCCAAGGAACUGAUACGCUCACAACGACACAAGAACCGACUUCACACAAGCAAGGCCCAGUUGAAUUCAAUCAUCAUGCAACUAGAGCACCAACUAGCAACCAUCAAGGUGGCAGGCACACUGCAAAAGAGUGGACAGGUUAUGAAAAUGGUCAACCAACUUGCUCGGUUACCAGAGAUCUCACAAGCUAUGCAACAAAUCUCUAUGGAAAUGACAAAGGCUGGCAUCAUGGAUGAAAUGAUCGAGGACACAAUGGAUAUGAUGGAUGAUGAGGAUAUUGAAGAAGAGGCGGAUGAAGAAGUGGAAAAUGUCCUAUUUCAAAUCACAGAUGGUCUCCUUGGACAAGCAGGGCCUGUUGGACCAGCUUUGGAGAAGAAGCCUGAAGUACAAGUGGAGGAAGAGAGUGAGGAAGAGGAACCUGAACUGGACAUGAUGCAAAAACGUCUACAGGUAAAGAUCGCAAUUGAAGAAUAG